AUGUCUUGCUUGAGAUUGAGGCUUCCACCAGCCAGAAGGGCUUGGAAGAGCUUCACCUCCAAACUACAGAGGAAACUCCACAAGCCUAAAGGCAUCGCGAAACCCCGAAAAAACAGUGUCAAAGCAAUUACUGCUGCUGCUUCAUCUUCUGCUUCUCCUUCUGUUUUUGCUUUAUCUUCUGUUGGACCGAAACCCUACAAGUUUCUCCGGCUGCGUUUUAAACGCAAAGGGCGUCUCGCCCUACAUUUUCGCUACAACCGGCGCCAACUUCUUCAGAACCGUGGUAGCGCUGCGCAUGUCUACGUUGACAAGCUUUUUAAAGAGCCUGCUGUGACUGAUCUGGUGGGUAGUUCUGAGCCUCCGGUAGUUAAGUGCAAGCAAGCUACCACUGCUGCUGCCGGUGCUGAAAGUGGGGCUGAGAGAGGAUGUCCUGCGACGGCGGAUGAUAUGUGGGAGUCAUUGGGAUUUGCUUCCCCAAUGAUGCACGGGAUUGACGAAAGAGCUGAGGAGUUCAUAGCCAAAUUUAGAAAGGACAUGGAGGUUCAGGAGAAGUUGGCACGUGAUCAUUUGUAG